GGUAAAUAUUUGAAUUUGGCUCAUUCACCUACUGACAUAAAAGUCUAUAUAGAUGGCAAUAAGACAUGUAAUGUUUCCAGUAUAUCAGCAGAAAAUCUGUAUUGUAUUAUACCACCACCUAAUGUCUUCUCACAAAGCAAUGGAUCUUUGUAUUCUGUUGAGGUUUCAAUGGGCUCUGUCAAGUAUCAGUUGGGAUAUAUAGAAUUCGUGCGCCGAGGAACCAGUGUUGCUGUUCAGGCUGUUAUAGCUGUCUGCGUGCUGAUCCCCUUGUUAGUGAUAAUUGCAAUCAUAUUUUAUAUACGUCGAAGGCGAAAUGUAAAAAUACGGUAUCCAGACUAUAUGGUGGCCUAUACUGCAAGCAGGCAAGAAAACAUCCCCAAUACAUGUGCGAUGAGGAGGCAAGGAAGUAAUGAUUAUCAUGACUGGAGAGGAAGAAGCAUCACUAGACAAACUUCUUCUGGCUCAGCCGCUGCUGCUACUUGCGAAGAAUCAGUCUGUGCAGCCGUAGAUGAGGAAACCAUGCAUCUUCUUCAGUCUCAAAAUAUUCUUGUCAAUAGAGAUUACUUAACGCUUGGAGAUGUAAUCGGAGAAGGACAUUUCGGAUGCGUGUAUAAAGGAGAUUUGCAGCUUCCUGGGAAAGAAGAUAAAGUUGAAGUUGCAGUAAAGACACUACAUAGUAGUUCUACGGUCAUCGAACAAGACGUGGAAGCAUUUCUUCAAGAAGGAUUGAUGAUGAAAGAUUUCCAUCACCACAAUGUUCUGACUCUAAUUGGUGUAUGUUUUGAUCCAGACGGUUCGCCGAUGGUCGUCAUACCGUAUAUGAAACAUGGGGAUCUUCUAUCUUUUAUCCGUAAUGAGAAUAACAAUCCAACUGUGAAGGAUCUUUUGACAUUUGGAGUUCAAAUCGCCGCUGGCAUGAAAUACCUUGCUGAUCUGAAGUUCGUUCAUCGUGAUCUGGCAGCCAGAAAUUGCAUGUUGGAUGAGGACCAUACUGUGAAAGUUGCUGACUUUGGUUUAUCACGGGAUAUAUAUGAAAGAGAUUAUUACAGCAGUGAUAACAAGAAGACCAAGUUGCCUGUCAAAUGGAUGGCUCCGGAAAGUCUAGAGAAGGGAACAUAUACUACUAAGACAGAUGUGUGGUCAUAUGGAGUUGUAUUAUGGGAACUCAUGACAAGGGGUGUAACACCUUAUCCUGAUGUGGACAACUGGGAUAUUCUUCAUUACUUAAAAUCUGGUCGGAGAAUGCCACAACCAUCAUAUUGUCCCGAUCUCCUGUACGAAAUUAUGCUCAAAUGCUGGAUGGAAGAUAGUAAAAAGCGUCCAACGUUUGUGGAGUUGGAAGAAGAAGUUCAAGGAGUCAUCACAAAAUUGCAAAGAAAAAGCAAACAACGGACCGUAGGGCUAAAUGUUACAUAUGUUAACUACCCACAGAUUUUACCCAAUGAAGAAAGGACAGAAGAAACAUGAAAUAAAAUUAAUAGUGCUCGUUUAUGCAUGUUUAUCAAUGCAAAGAAAAGGUAACAAUGAUCUCAAAAUGGCAUUUCAUUCAUUACCUCGGAAUUCUGCAUCAGGGAAGGAAUGAUGGAACAGAGGCAAAAUCAUCUGAUAAUUACUUCCAUGAAGUGUAUAUCAGUAAUGCACAUUUCUAAGCUAUACUGACAUUGGCACAGCAAGACUUGUCUACAGAUAUCUGAAGUAUUAUUUCAGUCAGUGCAUUAUUGUACUAGUGAAAUAAAUUUAUGGCCCAUAUUGGGCUGGUGUUUCAAUACAUGAUCAAAAGAGCACAAAAUGUGUAAAAGCUUUUGUAGAGCUUAUGAGACUUAAUAUUUAUUGCACUUGAAACUUUAUCAAUGAUAUAUUUUUUAUACUUCAUCAUCAGGCAAAAAGUGUGAUUAUAAUAAACUUAGCAAUUUAUUUAAAUUCCACAGUGGAUAUGAAAUGAUUUUACUGCCAUGUAAUUUAACUAUUUGUUUUUACCAGUCUUAUAAGAAACUUUAAAAUAACUGUAGCUAGAGAAAGAAAGUCACUUCUGUAUUUAUAUGACAAUCCUCUUAUUUUUUUUUAAAAAAAUAAUGCUCAUUAUAUUGGAACCAUAUUUUAUAAUUCAUGCCUCUUUUUUCAGUUAACCAUGUUGCCUUUGAGCUGCUUCUCACAUUCCUCUUUAUGAAAUUAUAUUAUGUUUUUGGACUACUGCGGUUGAAACAUGACAAUUUUGACAGUGAAAGCAUGUGAACAUACAAGCUGGCUUGUUUGCUUCUACUAGAACUAUGUGAUAUUUGUAUAUUAUUAAAGGUGAUCUGUUUUAAACAUUUUCAAGAUAAUGCAGCAAGGCCAUUUUCAAUGAACAUAAUAUUUAGGUGAAAAUUUUAGGUAGGUUUACAUUAUGUAUUUCACUAAGCAUAUGAUUAUGAUGACUAUCUGAUGUAUGAUAGAUUAAUUACAGUCAUAUUAUAUAGGAAAGCAGUAUAUUGGUAAUUAACUUGAUGUGAAAAAGUUGGUUCUUUUUGCCAAAUCUUGCAAAGGAUAUAUUUCAAGUUAGUGGAAACACUAGACAGUAAGUAUUAAUAUCAGUAUUUAUGUUAGUCACAGAACUCUUCUCCAAUAAGAUGUGUAUUUGAAAUAAGAAAGUACUGCUUAGAAGGAUAAUAGAUGCAGCAAAAAGUGAAAACAGAUUUUAUUCACUGGAAGAGGAUUUUGAAAGUUUAGCUUAAAAUAAAUCUGCAAAAGAAAUUAAAUAUGUAUUUACUAAGUGCCUUAAGUAAUUAUAAAGUUUCUAUUUUUGACCCUGAGCAUGCAAAUUUUAAACUCUUGGAGUCUAUGUGGACCCAAAUAUAAGAAUGUCUUUUCUCCUUAAAAUGUUUUCUGGAAAAUUCUCAUGUUAAAUGUGCUAAGAUUUUAAAAAGUAUAUUGAUAUAAUUUAUAAUUUCUUCUUAACUAUAUAUUAAAGCAUAUUAUCUCAAUAGAUCAAAUUGACCAUCUUAUAUUUGGGAAAGGAUGAUAAUUUUUGUAAUUGCAAAAUUUGUAUUCAUGUAUAUGAUACCAAGUUUUGAAAAAGCUAUAGCAUGUAUAAUAGUUUUUACAUUGUUUUAGAAAAUUUAAAAAUAAAUAAUUUACAAAUGAACAGCUAACUUAAUCUUUUUUCUAUAAUAUAUGUUACUAUCACUUGUGUGUGUGAAUUCACAUAAUUAAUUCUCAACAUGCAGUAUGCAUAUUGCUUGGAAGAAGUUGCAAGAUCAAAAAGUAACAAAGUUGUAAUGAAACUGAAAAACUGUUUCCAUCACCGAUUGUUUUUCAGAAAAGAAACAUUGGAACAGGCUUGUGACUCUACCUUGCAAGAUAGUCCUAGUCACUAGCGAGCUGUAGAAGCACGUCUCUUAACUACCUAAUAAGGUGCUUCAAACUUUCAAGAUUUGUUAAUAUUAUUUAUUUUUUUGUUUAUCAAUAUAUAUAAUCUAUGGAUAUAAAAUUGAAUGUAUAUGUUUA